AUGCUUACCGUGAAAAGGUAUCCUGGAGCCACUGAAUUUAUCGUUCACACAAGCAAAGGAUAUGGCACGCAAAUGUUUGCAGUAUGCUUUCUCUCAUUCAGUGUUGGCGUUGCGCUACUGGCUUUUGAACCGUCACCGAGUUUGUUGCUAUGGAUCUCUGGUGGUAUCUUUAUUUCGUCCCUUUUCCGAAUCAUAAGCGGUGUAAAUCAUGAAUCCUUACUUGUUGUGCGCGAUCUGGGCGUCCAAACCAAUUGUCAUUCCAUCGUUCCCUGGAAGUCUUCGUCCAAACUAGUUCCUUUAGAUUCCAUUCGAGAAAUAUUUAUUCAUGAAGCUUUUCGAAAAUUCGAUGUCUGUUACUACAUGGGAAUUGCCAUUGAACAUGAACCUCAAAUCCAUGUUAUGUUUCCUAGCUUGCUGCCUCGCAGAGACGUUUUGCAGAAGAUAUACUCUGAAACGUUGCAUUUACUCAAACAGGAAACUUAG